AUGGUUCCAUACAAUUCCCCCAUUUUCACUGCCCCGCAAGGUGACAUGUCACGUUUUGUAGUUGACAUGCCGCAUGAAGUUCCCCGUGUAGCUUUUGACCCGGAGCACUCAUUCCUGUCGCUACCGGGGAUCCUCCCGCCAGCGACCAGCUCGUUGCAGUGGACAACCGCAGGGUAUCCGGCCGACGCCUCCACGCCCACACCGUCACCCCACAGCAGAGCACAGGAGCAACCACUCUUUCACGGCGCCGCAUCAUACGACGGAGCCACCGAUGCACUGAUUGGUCCACCGAUCGUUUCCUCACCACUCGUCGGUGAGCACCACGAGCACGGAGCAUGGGGCGUCGGUUCGGCGCAGCAACCCAUGGGAGUCGGUCAGCGACCAUGGAACGGUACACCAGGGUAUGAUUAUGUUCGUGCCGCUGGCGGUUCAGGGGUCAUACCGACGGCCAAUGCGCCAGGUGGCGAUGCGUCGGUUUUCGGAAUAACGACGGGUUCAUCGGUUACACCGACCGGUUCAUCGGUUGGCAAUCAACAGUUCAUCGGUGCACACAACGAGCACGGAGCCACAGGCGUUGGUUCGGCGCAGCAACACAUCGGAGUUGGUCAGCGACCAUGGAACGGUACAAGAGGGUAUGAUAAUGUUCGUGCCGCUGGCGGUUCAGGGGUCAUACCGACGGCCAAAGCGCCAGGUGGCGAUGCGUCGGUUUUCAGGGUAUCGGCGAGUUCAUCGGUUGCGCCGCCCGGUUCAUCGGUUGUCAAUCAACAUUUCGUCGGUGCACACAACGAGCACGGAGCCACAGGCGUCGGGUCGGCGCAGCAACACAUUGCAGUAGGUCAGCGACCAUGGAAUGAUACACCAGGAGUCGGUCAGCGAAAUGUUCUUGCCGCUGGUGCUUUUCCACAACAUUCAAACACAAGCACGAUUGCAGCAGCUGCGACCCGAUAG